UGGAAGGAGGUUCUCUGGCUGUGGGCUCCUCUCUCCAUGAGUAGCUGUGAGCACGAUGUGAAGCUACAGCUGGUCAUAGGGUUCAGGUGUUCUCAGCCUAGGAGGGUUGUGAACGGCUGUCAAACAGCUGCAUUGGUACCUCCCUACUUGAGAGCGGGGUCCCAGCUAGACAGCAGGUCUCAAGGGUUGGGGUCCCUGGUAUGGAAAAAGGUUAUAAACCUGUCAUGGUGAUAACCCUGCAUCUGUCCAAGUAAUGAGAGAGCAGGAGCGAGUCUAUUCGUGAGUGGGAUUGAUCAGGGCCACAUUAUCAACUCGGACUAGACCCCUGGCUCCUGGAGUCAUGUGAUUACCUCAGACUGUUGUUUUGUUUUGUCUUUUUUGCAUCUGAAAGGGGUGUUAACCCCAAAACCUGCUGUUGGGGAGCCCCCCCCCCAUCAAGACCACUCCAGUAAAGGACUCUGCAUGUGGCAGGAGGGGACGAGUGCACCAUCUCCUUGCCCUCUUCAUUCCCCUGCAUCAUGGGAAGAAAGUGGUGCACAGACCCUGGAGUGGGAAUUAUGGACUUUUGUGAACCCUGCAAGCAAGGGGAGAUGCUGGGAAGAGGCCUGUGGCCCAGGAAGGGUGAAGGGCUUGUGUUGUUUUGUUUGGAUUCUCACUUAUCCCAGAAGAGGGAGGACACUUGUUGGCAUGGUGACUGGAGAGCUACACGGAAUUUAUUACCCAACUGCUGAGGGGAAACUGAGGCAUGGCCAUAGUUCAACUGAGGAACAGGCUCACCGGAUGCCAGGCCAGAUUCUAGGUCAGCUGGGAGAGGAGCCAAAGCCAGGGACACUGCACUGGCUGGAACUGACUAACCCAUGGCUGCUUAGAGCCAUUUCUUGCAACUGGAGUCCAGCACCCACCGCUGCCUCCCUGACAGGAGAGAUGGGGAACUGGGCGGAAGCAGAUCCCCCUGGACAGCCUCUUAACAGCUCCAUAGACUUGAAGAGUGGAGAAGAACCAGGUCAUCCAGCUAAUUCCAGCUCCAGGAAACCUGCAGUAUGGAAUCGUCCAGCUGCCCUCAGAGCCAUAACCGUGGUUACAAUGGUCGUUAUCAUCACCCUAGUAGCAGCUUUGAUAGGGGUAACAUCUAGGCCAUCUCCUCCAUGGCCCCCUGCUGCCCCCUGGUGCCCGGACGGCUGGAUCCGGAUCCAAGGGAAAUGUUACUAUUUUUCUAAGGCCGAAGGGAACUGGACCUACAGCCAGAGCUUCUGCUUGUCACACGCUGCCUCCCUGGCCGGGAUUGAGAGUCCGCAGGAGCUGGAUUCUCUGCUGCCAUAUGAAGGCAGACUGAACCACUGGAUCGGCCUCUGGAGGGACAAGGGCCAGGUCUGGAAAUGGGCCAACGGGACCAAGUUUGACGAUCGGUUUGAAAUACAAGGAGGCGCAGACUGUGUGUGCCUGGAUGAAGAUCUCACUGUCACCACGUCAAGCUGCAGCACAGCAAGAAAAUGGAUCUGCAGUAAACCUGAUACCCCUGCGAAGGGAGAGGAGGGAGCAGUGGGAGGGGAUUCGUGAACUCAAGGGAAUUGGAGACCAGCUGUGACAAAGCCUGGUUCUAGUCCCCUCCAUGCUGCAGCCUGGUUCCCUGUUUCUUAGCCUGUCUCCAGGGUUUGUCCAGUCCUAGUCAUCAAUUACCCUAAUGCUGGGAGCCCAGACAGCAAAUGUGAAAAAUUGGGAUGGGGGUGGAGGGUGAUAGAAGCCUAUAUAAGGAAAGACCCAAAAAUCAGGACUGUCCCUAUAAAACUGGAACAUCUGGUCACCCUACCUAAUGCUGGGAUCUGUGACCCUUCUCUCAGGGAGACUGUCACAGUAACUGGAUCUCUAUCCCACCUCCAUCA